CUCUGUCUCUUAUCCAGCUGCUGCUGUAGUAGCUGUGUGAUGAAUGUGAUAAAGUAAUGUUGUACUGAAAAAACAAAAGGAAGCAUACAGAGAGACAAGACCCUUGUAGCUGAAGUGAGCACAAUCUCUGAGGCUGCAUAUAUUAGACUCUGAAGUUUAAUUUGGGUCGGUGUCUCUCUCUCUCUCAAAGCAAGAUGUUGGAAAACGAUGCAGGCAGAACUUAUCCAGAGGCAUUUGAAGCCUCCAAUGGCAAAAUUCAACUAGCAGAUUCCGAUUCCUUUGAUGAUGAUGGGCGACCCAAAAGAACUGGAACUAUUUGGACUUCAAGUGCCCACAUAAUAACUGCUGUUAUUGGUUCUGGGGUGCUAUCUUUGGCUUGGGCUGUUGCUCAACUUGGUUGGGUUGCUGGUCCUGCUAUAAUGAUUUUGUUCUCUGCUGUCACUUAUUACACCUCAAUUCUUCUCGCUGCUUGUUACCGCACUGGUGACCAGCUCACUGGCAAGAGAAACUACACCUACACUCAAGCUGUCAGAUCCUACCUAGGUGGAAUGAAUGUCAAGUUUUGCGCGUUGGUUCAGUAUAUAAACCUUUUUGGAGUGGCAAUCGGGUACACCAUAGCAGCUUCCAUAAGCAUGAUGGCAGUUAAAAGGUCCAACUGUUAUCAUAAUAGCGGAGGAAAAGAUCCAUGCAAAAUGAACAGUAAUGUUUACAUGAUUUCAUUUGGAAUUGCGGAAAUUAUUUUAUCCCAAAUUCCAGAUUUCAACGAAUUGUGGUGGCUCUCUAUUGUGGCCGCUGUCAUGUCUUUCACAUACUCUAUAAUUGGACUCGGUCUUGGAAUGGCUAAAGUUAUAGAAAACGGAAUGGUUAAAGGAAGCUUAACUGGUGUAAGUAUUGGUAUUGUCUCAGAAACCCAAAAAGUUUGGAGGACAUUCCAAGCUCUCGGUAACAUAGCCUUUGCAUACUCCUACUCAAUGAUCCUUAUAGAAAUUCAGGACACAAUCAAAUCACCUCCUGAAGAGUCAAAGACAAUGUCGAAGGCUACUUUAGUGAGUGUCUUGGUGACAAGCAUUUUCUAUCUGCUAUGUGGUGGUUUUGGCUAUGCAGCUUUUGGAGAUUCAAGCCCUGGAAACCUGCUAACUGGUUUUGGCUUCUAUAACCCAUAUUGGCUCCUCGACAUAGCCAAUGUUGCCAUUAUUGUCCACCUUGUCGGUGCAUACCAAGUUUACUGCCAACCCCUGUUCCAAUUUAUUGAAAACAACGCAGCACAAAAAUUCCCCGACAAUGAUUUUCUGACCAAGGAAUUUAAGGUACCAAUCCCUGGUUUCAAACCCUUGAAGCUGAACCUCUUCCGGUUGGUCUGGAGAACAAUUUUUGUGAUCUUCUGCACUGUGAUGGCAAUGCUGCUUCCAUUCUUCAAUGACAUUGUGGGGCUCAUUGGAGCCAUUGGAUUUUGGCCACUGACUGUGUAUUUCCCUGUGGAGAUGUAUAUUGUUCAAACUAAAGUACCAAAGUGGAGCACAAAAUGGAUAUGCUUGCAGAUGCUUAGUGCUACAUGCUGCGUCAUAACAAUUAUAGCUACAGUAGGUUCCAUCGCUGGGGUUCUUGAUGAUCUUAAAGUUUACAAGCCAUUCACCACCAGUUACUAGUUCAGUAGCAUUACUCUGUUAACAUUGUCAAAGAUUUCAUUAGCAAUUUACGAGAAAAAAAAAAGGUAAUCUUUUGCUAAUUUGAAAUCUAAGGACGUGAUCUUGUUUAUUCCUCAGCGUCUCGUGUAAGAGUCCAUUACUCUCUGAAUAGUAUUGACGAUGGCAUCAAGUAUGAGACCUUUCAAAAGGAUUACAGAAUAGGCUUGGAGUUAGAAUAAAAUUGUUGUAUUUUUUAUGUUUUUUGUAAUUGUUUUUUUUAUCGGGACUUGUGUAUGCUUCUAUUUAUUCUGUAAACAGUGACUUUCUGUACUUUAGUGGUGUUUGAGCCCAUGAGUACAGACUCUAUAAUAUACAAGUCUUUUUCUUUACUCCAAUAUUUAAAAUUGUUCAUUUUGGAAUUUGAAUAAUUUUCUUUGAAGUCAGAAAUUUAAGUUCUUUUGUAGAAUUUUAAUGAUGUAGAAUAUUUAUUGAUUAUGCUAAUAUCUAAUUUUAAUAAAAAAAAUCUUUAUUUCCAACCUCUUUUAAUAAAACCUUAUCUAUUGAUUAAUUCUUUUUAUUUAUGAAAUUUGAAAUUUAAAUCUUAUUUAAGAAGUUCAAAAUAGUUGUACUAUUUUAGAGCAAACUAUUCACAAGUAACUUCUCUAUUUGAUUAAGUAAGUGUGUGACUCCAAAUACUUGCAUCAAAAUUAGUCUUUUAACAUUAGGUGCACUUACAUUUUAUCACAAAAACUUUUAGUUAUGUUGGAAAUGUACUCCGUAACUAUGAGAAGCAUUUUCUGUGCAUGAGAUUUAAGAAGAUGAUUUAUUUCAAAGUCUUAAUGAACAGUCGCUUCCAUCUUUCUAAAGAAAAAGUGUAAUCAAUAUGUACUUGCACUCUCGUUUGGAAAGUCUCACUCCUUUAAUAUAAAGCUCUUCUUCAUUCUUUCCGCGUCUACAAAUUACUUUUUUUCUUAUUUUUUUCUUAAUUCCUAAUUUUGUCCUCUAAUUUUAUUGAAAUUUUUAAAUUUGAUGUUUUUAAAAGACUAAAAGAUUAAAUUAUAAAAACCAAUAAUUAGAAGUUCUUUUUGAAAAUUUGAAUGAAAUUAAAGGACUAAAUUAGGAAUUA